UUGGUACAUGCAAUUUUUAAGUCUAUACUAUUUAUGGCUGCGAGGGUUGUAAUUCAUUUAAUAAAGAAUACUCAAGAUAUUCGAUUAUUAGGAAAUUUAUUAUUGAUUUUUAGUAUGGCUUUAAGAAGGGUGCCCUUUAUGGCUGUAUUUUAUAGAAAAGACGUGAUUACAGAA